UUUGACUAUAAAUACCUUGGUCCAGAAUAUCACGGAUAUGAUUCAUAAUCCAAGAGAUCAAACGAUUAAGAUACUCUUGUUCACUGUCAAAAAAAAAAAGAUACUCUUGUUAGUAUAACAUAAACAGCAAUAAUAAUGUGGUCCCUUGGUAUUACCAUCGUUGUAUUUCUCCUUGGCCUAAUGGCUUCAUGGAGAUCACUUCUUUCAUAUUGGCAAAAAGCGAGAAAAUUAUGUGUCAUGGAGCUUAUGAGUGCUUCAAAAAUUAGGUCAUUCGCAUGGUUGAGGGAGGAGGAAUUAGGUAAACUAAUGACUUCAUUGAAGGCUGCUUCGGAAGCUAAUCAAGCCGUAGAUAUUGGCGCUAGUGUUGGUGGUGUCCUUGAGGAGUUGAUAUAUAGAAUGUUGUAUGGAGCUCCGAAGAACGAUUUGGCUCUUAGAGCUACUGUCCUUGAGGCUUUGAGACUAUCAGGAACCCUAAAUUUUGCUGACUUUUUGCCUUUCCUUGCACCAUUUGAUCCCCAGGGGCUGAAAAGGCGCAUCAAAAAAAUUAUGAAGACUGUGGAUGAUGUUUUGGAGAAAAUCAUCAGCAACCAUGAAGAUGAAGCAAAAAAGGAGCAACGAACUCACAGAGAUUUGGUAGAUGUAAUGUUGUCAUUGAUGAACAACAACGAUACCAAAGCAUCAUAUGGCAUUGAGAGGGAUGGUAUAAAAGCCAUAUUAAUAGACCUAGUUGUGCCAGCAAUUGAUAGUGCUACCAACAUAGUUAAGUGGGCACUUGCAUCUCUUUUAAAGCAUCCAGAGAAAAUGAGGAAAUUGCAACAAGAGAUAGAAAGUGUAGUAGGGAAAAAUAAAAUGGUGCAGGAGAAAGAUGUGCCAAAGUUCAAAUACUUGGACCUAGUUAUUAAAGAAAUCUUUCGCCUAUAUCCAAUCAUUUUUGCUCCACAUGAAGCCAUGCAAGAAAUUACAUUCGAUGGGUAUUAUAUUCCCAAAGGCUCACGAAUUUUCAUGAAUGCAUGGGCUAUUGGUAGAGACCCAACUAUAUGGUCAAAUAAUUGUGAAGAAUUUCAUCCGAAAAGAUUUUUGGUUAACGAUGUUGAUAUAAUUAGUGGACAAGAUUUUCGCCUUGCACCGUUUGGAUUUGGUCGAAGGAGGUGUCCUGGUACGCAACUUGGUCUACUAAAUGUUAAGCUAAUAUUGUCUACAUUGGUGCAUUCCUUUGAUUGGCAUAUGCCUGAUAAUACUUCUUUCAACAAUUUAGUCAUGCAAGAAAAGUUUGGCCUUGUCAUGUCCAUGGCAAAGAACUUGGCACUUAUUCCUAAAUAUCGCCUCAAUUUUUGAGUCUUUGUUUAAAGCUUUUAUACCCU